AUGAUACAAUCCGCGCCUGAGGAACAAGCGCCCACUAGAUUCUGGUUCAGCGCAACCCAAUCUCUAGACCGGCUUAAAAACCUUCUCCUGGGCCCUCUAGCCAAGCCAGCCGAAAUCGAUACCACUCCAAUCCCCACAACGAAUGUCCGCCGCCGUCGCGCAUCCAGCUUCGCCGCUUCCCUCGAUCAAGAUGAAACCCUCCAAGAGAAGAUCUCUACACAACAAGAACACGGGAUAGCAGUGUCAGACACAGGCGCCAAAGAGGAAACAGUUCUAUACCUAGCCUACGGCUCGAAUCUAGCAUCCAAGACCUUCCGCGGAGUCCGCGGCAUCAGACCCAUCUCGCAGAUCUGCGUCUUCGUCCCCGAACUCAGACUCACCUUCGAUCUGCCAGGGAUACCCUAUGCAGAGCCCUGUUUCGCCGGCACGCAAUACAAAGACGUCCCUUCCACUGCCGCAUCCACAUCCAAUACCGAUAUCGAAGAUGAAACGGACACCUCAGACACCGAAUACCUAUCAGAAAAAGCGACGCUGAUCAGCAAGACAGAAGCACCACUCGAGAGCGACAAGCGCCGAUGGCAUAAACCUCUCGUCGGCGUCGUCUACGAGGUAACAUUAGCCGACUACGCGAAGAUCAUCGCGACAGAAGGCGGUGGCCGUGGCUACCGCGACGGCGUCAUCGACUGUCACCCCUUUCCUGAAAAUUACGACCCCUCCGCGCCCGUCCCCGAUUACCCCGAUACACCCGCCUUCAAAGCACACACGUUACUCUCGCCGGCUGCGGAUGAUGCGCGACUGAGAUCGCAAUCAAAGAAGGGUAUUGUGCUGCCAUCGACUGGUCCCAAGCUGAAGUGGUGGCAUACUAUUUGCUUGCAUUUCCGGCCGGAUCCUGAGUAUGCGCAGCCGUCUGCCAGGUAUCUUGGGUUGAUUAAGACUGGUGCUGCGGAACAUAAUCUGCCGAUCUCUUAUCAGGAAUAUCUGGCGCAGAUUGGGACUUUCCAUAUUACGACUACGCGGCAGAAGAUUGGGAAGGUGAUUUUCUUGGUUAUGUGGGCUCCGGGAAUUCUUACGACGAUGGCUUUAGGGAGGAUCUUCGCUGGUCCUGAUGGUCGUAGUCCGCCGUGGGUGGUGGUUUUGGCUAAUGUUAUGUUCUCGGGGCUGUGGAAAAGCUAUGAUGGCUUUUUCGCUAGGGUCUUUGGGGAUGGCGAGCGGACUCUGGAUGAUACCCCGGCCUGA